AUGUUGAAAUAUCUGCUAAAUUUAGGUCCUCGCGGAAAAGAUGGAACGAAAUUUCAGAAAGGACCUCGAGGUCCAAAAGGACUGCCCGGUCCACAGGGUCCGAUUGGUGAUGAAGGAAGACCAGGAAAACGGGGAGAGGAUGCACGUCCUGGACGUGCUGGUGAUAACGGUCCACGUGGUCCACCUGGUCCGCCUGGCAAAGACGGAAAGCCUGGUCCAAAGGGACGCCAAGGAAACCCUGGUGAAGAUGCAGCCUACUGUUCGUGUCCAAAGCGUGGAAACAAAGACUCUAAAUCCACAAACCGUACUGUGAUCGACGAACCAUUGGAAAUUGUAACAAAUGUCACUGAGAGCCCCACAGAUACGCAGCCAAAAACAGUGACCAACCCGUAUGAAACAACAUCGCUUUGGCCGUCAUCAGGUAAGCAAAGCGAUUCUUUAGCAAACGUCUCACUGCAGUCGAUUGACAAUAAACUUCUCGAAAGGCACUUCAUGUGUAACAAACUGUGA